AUGUUUUCCUCAUUAUUACUCCUGCUCUCAGUGGCAACUUUAGGUUGCGCAUUGUACGUGCCGAUCGGAACUGAAUUUCUAUUGGAAAAAGGCCCAAUAAAACGCAUCUAUGGAGGAAAGAACACACCGAUAGAGAAAAUACCUUGGCAAGUGUCGCUGCAAAACAAUGGAUCGCAUGUCUGUGGUGGCGUCAUCUACAGCAAAAACAUUAUUAUAACAGCCGCCCAUUGUGUUGACAAAGAAAAUCCAAGGAUUUUUGAUGUGCGCGUUGGAAGUAGUACAUCUAACAAUGGAGGAUCGGUAAUUAAAGUUGACAAGAUAACCGUGCAUGACAGUUAUACAAGUAGGUCAACAGUGGAGUAUGACAUCGCCCUGCUUUUGUUAAGUUCCCCGCUUGAAAUGGGUCCAGCUGUCAAGGCCAUUCCACUGGCAGAAUCAGUUCCUAAUGACGGAGCUAUUGUGCUUGUCUCUGGCUGGGGGCGAACAGAGACCGAAAAAGUUGCAAAAUAUCUAAAAAGUGUCUAUGUGAACAUUGUAAACCGCGAGGAGUGCGCCACGGCUUAUGAUGACAAACAAAUUCCAAGAGCAACAAUCUGUGCUGCUUCCCCUGGCAAAGAUUCCUGCUCUUGUGAUUCGGGUGGACCAUUGGUUUAUGAGGGUAAACUUUUGGGCAUCGUUUCUUAUGGCAGAGGUUGCGCCGAUCCGGGGCAUCCUGGUGUCUACACAAAUAUUGUGGAACUUCGCAAAUGGAUUAAAGACGAAGCCAAAAAACUAAGCUCAAUCUAAGUUGUGAAUUAAAUUGCAAAAAUUAAAAUACAAACGAGAAUUAAAUUGGCUGCAUAUUUGCAGUUUGUGUAACCAUUGAGUAUAAUAAGUAAAAAUCCUUAGUCGAAAUAUCCUGAAAUAUCCGUUUCAUAAUAUAUUUUCAAUAAAAUGAACACAAUGCGGCAUAAAAAAUGUAAACCGUUAAAAUGUAAGGCCGACUUAUUAAUUUACAUUAGUUGUUUUCAACUGUCGAAGUUACAAUGCCCAUAAAGUUCAGUUAUGAAAUUUCCGAUGUUAAGCAAAAUAAUAAAUCAUGCAAAUAGAUAUUAAAAGAAAGUUCUACUCAAGGGAAUAUUUUAAUGAUGAACCACUGAUGCAAUUUUCAAUUAGCUACUUUAAUAAAAAGUUCAUUUUAUUGGCUAUACGUCAAUUGAGUAACCGCAUUGAAUGAAUAAUAUGUAUGAAUAGUUGGGAAUCAUAUUGAAUUGAAUUAAAAUGCAAAUAUCUCUUGCAAUGAGAGGUAUUGCAGCUACUGCUGCUUCUGUUGAUUCCACUUUCAUCUUCACUCUGACUGUCGAAAUUCAUUUACAAUAAAUGAAGACAGACUGUUGCAUUCGCUGAAUCAAAUAAUCUUUUUUUCCCCAAGAAGAACAGGGCAUGUGAGUUCCCGUUCGUAAGUAGCACUCAGUUUGCUAACCAAUCAAGAAACUUCUCUGACAAUUCUCACUUGAAUUCCAAUGCCGACUAUUCGUGCACAUAUAAAACUGUUGAGCCAUACUAACUUUGUUAAGUGCGAAUUGCAUGAACUGUGCAAGGAAUCAAUGAAGCGCAGAAGUAGAAAUUGAUGCAAAUGCUGUUAAAAUGUGUCACAGAUUCAGGCAUUCAUUUAGCCGAUUGGAUCAAGUAGUUUAAACCAUUUUUACAUAAAAAGCAAGCGCUGCGUCGAGUUUCUGGGACAAUUGUUUACAUUUGUGUAUUGUCGUUCUGUUCUUUUAACUGUUAACAUGUCAAAAUUAAUAAAAAAUUUGUUUUUUCAAAUCACAUAUGCCCAACAAUUAUUGGAUUCAAUUUUUGACUGUACAGUUUGCCAGUAACUGUGCAGAAAAUGCGUAUCCGAUGAGCUCACACUUUGACGCACAACUGCAGACAUGAACACACACAGGCCCACUCACACAAUCACGCCCUGUCGUCAAUCAAUCAAUCAAUCCAUCCAUCAUCAUUGAAUCGGCAACAACAGCAGCAGCAACAGACCAGCAUCAAAAUGGCCAACAAACUUUCAGGAGACCGGAUGCGUCGCGAAUUCCUGCAACACUCGCAACGAGGAGAUGCUAAAAUUGCGCAUUCGCAGCUGGGCGAUUGUCUGCGUGUCCUGGGCCUCAAUCCCAGCGAGGCAAGCAUACGUCAGCACAUCCGACAGUUGCAUGAACAGCACAUCGAGCGCAUAUCCUUUGACGAGUUCAUGUCCAUCUACAAUAGCAUUCAGUCGGAGGACUCCGAUUCUCCAGAGGCCGAACAUUUUAUUGCCGGUCUACGCCUUUUAGAUGAGCAACAUACGGGUUACAUAGCAGCGAGCCGGCUAAGAUACGUUCUGGGCAACUGUGGUGAAUGUCUGACUGAAGCCGAAUUGGACGAGUUGUUGGAUCAUCAUGUCAACGAUCAGGGUUUGGUCGAUUAUGCAGAGCUAGUGCAUGCCCUUAUGGCUGAAAGCUAGAUGGAAACACACAACACACUCACUUCAAUGCUAAACACGAACAUUUUGGAAAUCAAUAAAAAAAAAUAUUGUAUAAUGAAUGACAAAAAAUUCAUUUUAUCACUCUUAUAAA